AUGUACAGUCAUGAUAAGGUAAGUGUUGUCAUCAUGAUAUUAUUAACAAAAGCGUUACAAUUCAUCCAUUUAUCAAGUUAGUGUCUAUUUUUUUACGACCAAAGUACUCCAAAACUCAUAACACAUUCAGUCCAAAUGUAAACUAGAUUGACUUUGCAGGACAUCGUGGGAUUCCGGUUUUUGUUCAGCGCCUCAGUAGCCGACAUCAUUCUUCUGUUUAACUACACGAUAUGGCCUGGGAUGACAAUAUUGCUCAAGUCAGAGAUCAUCACACCCAAUAUGCGACAUUGGGUACAAAUGUAUUUGGAUUGGGCUUGGUUCUCCAUGUGUUACCACUACAUGGUGAUAGCGUGGUCGAGGUUCGCCGCCAUCAGAUAUCCAUCGUCGUUUCGGAUUCAGCCUCGGGCGUUCAGCUAUAGUCUUUGCUUGGCGUGUUACGUUUGUGCCAUCAUUCAGGUGAGAUACUGCAUUUGAUGCCGCUUGGUGAGAUACUGUAAUUAAUACUAAUUAUAUUAUAAUACUGUUUCAAGAAACAUAUUGUAUGAACAAAAAUGUAGAUUUCUACAUAAUAACGUGACUUUUCGACAGUCUUAAACUUGAUAAUUUGUGUUACACAGCUUGAAGAUCGUUGUUAUUGUGCCAAUCCUUUUCAGGUACUUUGCACGCACUUCCAGCCGUGGUAUGUCACAUUCUACUACGAGCCCAGUCACUACGGAAUGUUGUCAGAGAACUUUGAAAAGUAUUUGAACAAAGGCCAGUCCUUGUUCUUCGCCACAUUCCACUUCCUCAUGAUUAUCAUCCCUGCCUUCUUCUACGGCACGGCCCUCUUUCUGCUUCUGAAGCAACGCAAGAACGGCCUUCUCGGACAAACCUUCACUAAACCGGUCUCUACACAGUCUCGGACUGAAGCCAGGUACUUUGAAAGCAGUUAUACUUUGAAAACCUAAAACAAUUUCAAAAAACCAUUACCCAAGUUCAUGUUAGAUCUAAAAUAGAACAUAGUAAAACAAAAAUAUCGCCAAAAUUAAGCAAUUUAAAUAUCCUUGCAAGACCUUUAUAUUAACUAUUUCCAAAUGCUCAAUUACCUUCGAAGGCCUUCAUAAAUAUUACAACUUAAUUUUAAACUUCAGGUUGAUAAUACCAUGUAUAUUCAACUCAAUUGUGUUUAUAAUUGGCCAAAUUGUGAUCACAAUUGGCACAGGAGAAGGAAAGUGGGCUACGUGGACAGUUAUGUUACUAUUCAGCAUGAAUUCCGCUGUAAAUCCAGUACUAUUGCUCAUGUUUUCAAACAUUAUAAGGUAAGAGAUGACACCUUAUGCCAAUUUUUUUAAAUUUGUUUUUGAAAGCAAAUUAAACCAGAGUGUAGUGCUCAAUAUAUAUUUCGGUAGCCUUCCACCUACUUUUUGACCAAAAGCUAUAAAAAUGCUGAUUAAUGUUUUGAGUAAUAGCUUGUUACAAUUUUCAGAGAAAAGUUUAAAGCAAUGUUCACGAAGCACACCUCUCCCUUCACCCGAAUCUACAGCACCGUGCGCAUGAAGAACGAAAGUUCGUCCACAAAAUGUGUCAUAGACUUGUCAUCAAACGAGGCCUCACACGACGACAAGUCAGAACCCCAUACCUAUCUGUGA